AUGGCUUCCCGUGUCCUUGUCUCUGGUCUUCCCCAGUCUCUCCCUCCCCUUCCUUCGGGACCAGGACCUUCCUGUGUCCCCUGUGUCGAGGGGCGCCUCAGGGCUGCUCCUCACUCCUCCCAGUUUCCCCCGACAGAGGCUCCUCUGCAGACACUUCACAUGGACGUGUGGGGCCCGGCCCCCGUCCGUGGGCAGGGUCACGAGCGCUACUUCCUGUUGGUGGUUGACGACUACUCGCGUUACACCACAGUCUUCCCCUUGCGCAGCAAGGGUGCUGUCACUGAGGUGCUGAUCGACUGGAUCCGCGAGGCUCGUCUCCAGCUCAGGAGGAGCUUCGGCUCGGACUUUCCUGUUCUGCGUCUGCACUCUGACCGAGUGUUACUGUGGACGGGGAAGGUCGGCGAUGCGUCUGCGUUCCGUGUCUGGGGAUCUCGGGCGUUUGUCCGCGACUUGUCUGCGAACAAGCUGUCCCCCCGUGCUGCUCCCUGUGUCUUCCUUGGCUUCCCCCUGACGCUCCAGGGUGGCAGUUUUACCACCCCUCCUCUCGUCGUGUUCUGUCCUCCCAGGACGUCACGUUCGACGAAUCAGUCCCCUCUACCGCCUCUUCCCCUACCGUACUCCUUCCUCCCCCCCCCACCGGACUUCCUGGUGCCAGUUCCCCCCCCGGUAGACCCCCUCCCCCCUCAGGUUCCUGCCCCUCAGCUUGGGGGUGCUGCUGCUGGGGGUGCUGAGCCGGGAGGUGCUACGUCAGGAGCUGCUGAGCCUGGGGGUGCUGAGCCUGGAGGUGCGGAGCCUGCGACUGCUGGACCUGGGGGCUCUCCGGUUGCUCCGUCUCGGCGGGAGCCGCUCUCUCCACACGAGCUGCGCGAGUGGUUUGCUCGCCGCUGGAGGCGUGCUGCUGGAGCUGGAGCUCCUUCGACUGCUGCGGGUGCUGGUGCUGCCGGUCCCGGAGCUGCUGGGCCUGAGGGUCCUACUGAGCUGGAGCUGCUGAGCCUGGGGGUGCUGAGUCUGGAGCUGCUGAGCCUGGGGGUGCUGAGUCUGGGGCUGCUGAGCCUGGGGGUGCUACAUCUGGAGCCGCUGAUCCGGGGUUUCUCCUGGUGCUGCGUCUCGGCGGGAGCCCCUCUCUCCACAGGAGCUGCGCGAGUGGUUUGCUCGCCGCUGGAGGCGUACUGCUGGAGCUGGAGCUUCUUCGACCGUCGAGGUACUGGUGCCGCCGGUCCCGGAGGUGCUACGCCUGCGGGUCCUACUGGAGCUGGGGCUGCUGAGGGCGUUGGUGCUGAGUCUGCUGCUGUCUGUCCUGACGGUGGUUCUGCUGCUGGUGCUGCUGGAGGUCCUGCCGCUGAAAAUAUAUUCAUCUAG